CGGGCCGCUGGGAGAGGCCGGUCAUGGAUGUCAGGCGGGCCGUGCUCGGAGUCUGGUGUCUGUGUGUCGCUGUUGUCACAUGUGAUGAUCCUUUGUACUCUGAGCCCUGGCUUCGAUCAGUGAGUUUGAACAGACAUAUUGUAAAGAAUGGAUUUCAUAGAGAGUUAGUAAUGGAUGUUGACCUUGGUGAAGGUGCUCAACCCGGCUGUCGCAUUAUGAUUAAGGAACAGUUACCACAAGGGCUUUAUGUGGAUCCAUACGAACUUGCUUCAAUGCGAGAGCAGAAGAGUAAAGAGAUACUCGUUCAGAAUGAGAUCGAUAUUGAAGCUCCAGAAUAUUUAUCAGCAACGCAUGCAAUUAUCGUUUAUCUGAAGCCUGACCCCAGACAUCAUGGACAUUUUACUGGUACAGUCCCAGUACAUGUACGAUAUCAUCGGCCAACAGACAGAGAGGAAGCCAUUGCUUUGGUGACCCUUCCAGAUCCACAGUUGAUGAUUCACUGUCAGGAAAAUAGUCCAUUACUGGAAAGUUGGAAACUUGGUGUAACACAGGCUUCCUGCUCAGCAAGUAAUCACAGUAUCUGUAGCUGGCUGAAUGUUAACUAUCAGAAUAUGGAGAUGCUUCGACGUUCCUCUGUCUUUGCUGCUGAAGUGAUGGACGUUUUUGACCGCUUUCCGCCUGAGAAAGAGCUCAUUUCUCAAGCGAAAGCACUGUGCCGAGAUUACAUCCAUUCCCGCCUGAUCCGAGCUGGAAUUGUUUGGAGUAAACCAGAACCUGCUGUUUCUAGUCCAGCGAGCAAACUUACUGAGGUUUCAGCCGCACUUCUUCACUUGGGUGAUGAGUUGGAGUACAUCAGACCAAAUGUCUACAGGAACAUUGCCAAACAGUUGAAUAUCUCAGUCAGUUCUGAAAGCAUCGUAUCUGAUGCAUUCCUGGCUGUCGCCACUGAGCUUUUCUCUGCAGGUAUAACCUGGGGGAAGGUUGUAGCCCUCUAUGCUGUAGCUGGAGGUUUGGCCAUUGACUGUGUGAAACAGGGACAGCCUGCCAUGGUACACACGAUAGUCGAUUGCUUGGGGGAGUUUGUCCGGAAAACACUGGUGACGUGGCUCAGGAGACGUGGUGGAUGGGCUGACAUAACAAAGUCCGUGGUUAACAAUGAUCCCAGCAUUCGGGAUCAUUGGCUUGUCUCCUUCCUCUGCACCUGUGGACAUUUCCUCAAAGCAAUCUUCUUUUUCUUUCUGCGGGAGCGAUGAUCCGAACUGGGACAAUGUGGCCACCGUUUGCUGCCCUUUUCAAACGUAACACCUAAAUAACAACACGCCUGAAUUAACAGAAGCAAUUGGAAGCAAAUUCAACACUUGGCAGAUUGGAAUGUGAAUCCUUUCAGAGUCAUUGGCUGAACAGGGAACAUGUAAAUGAAACAGGCAGUGGAAACUAUGACAUCAGAAUUCUACUGACGCUUUACAAAAGGCUUUGAUUUCUAAAUGUGUAAAAGUUGAUCUUUCAGAUGGUAAUUGUUGAAAGCAGCAGUCCCAGCUGGUCUGCGAGUGAAACAUUUCUUUCUACAGGGCAGCUACUUUGAAGAAUCAAGAAUGAACAGCUGUGAAUGUAUAGUAUUAUUUCUUUUUAAGCUGUCGUUCUAAUAGCUCCAUCUUUGAUUCUGCAAACUAGCCGCACCAGAUGAAUUUCUCUGUUAAGAUGAAAACCAAAAAAAAUUAAAUUCUAAGAAUGAAGAAUAA